AUGGAAUUAGACGAUACAAUUCCAGGCGUUUGCCUGACAGUCGAGUUAACCGUUAAUGAGGUCAGCAAUGAGUCGACAGUGCACACCUUACUCUCUCUUUCUCUGUCUGUCUGUCUCUCUUUCAAACACUCUCUUUCACACUGUCAUUCUGCCUACACAAAUUUUCUCUCCCUCUCUCUCCCCCCUCUCUCUCUCUCUCUCUCUCUCUCUCUCAAGCAGACUUACGCCUUUUCACUUUUUCUCUCUCGACGAAAGGUUGUUCCUAUCUAUCUAUCUAUCUAUCUAUCUAUCUAUCUAUCUAUCUAUCUAUCUAUCUGUCCCUUCAAUUUUAAGUUUCAUCAUAUCUAUCUCAAUCUGUUCAUUUCUAUAUCAGAUUCUCUCCCUUUUUCUAUCUAUCUAUCUAUCUAUCUAUCUAUCUAUCUAUCUAUCUAUUUCUGUCUGUCCAUUAUCUAUCUAUCUAUCUAUCUAUCUAUCUAUCUAUCUAUCUAUCUAUCUAUUUCUGUCUGUCCAUUAUCUAUCUAUCUAUCUAUCUAUCUAUCUAUCUAUCUAUCUAUCUAUCUACGUCCUUUUGUGUGUUUAACUCUUUCUCUUUCUAUCAACACAUUUAAAUCUCGCUAG